AUGAUAUAUUAUACAGCGAUAACAUUCGUCAUCGCCGGUCGCUGUACCACCUGGCACUUACUUGCCUUGAUGGUUGAAGCGGGAUUGAGCAUACCACUUGACGAUGGUACGGUGCAUGCUGCGUAUAAGUACCCUGGGUCGGACUACCUAGGCAAAAAAGCAAUGCUGAUCUAG